AUGUUAAUGCAAAUAAAGAUGAACAACCAUCCUUCGAAUUUCCAACCUGUUUUAGUUUCUCAUCCAAUGAGCAGAGAUAGCACCACGCCAAAAAAAAUUACGGACAAAGAUUUCCUUCCAAGUUCUGUAGGAUUUAUCAAGGAAGAAAACAGACCUAGCCUGUAUACGAUUCCGGUAGUCACAUCUAACGUCACUCUACCGCAGAUUCAACUCCCCAAGAUUGGGACACUUGAAGAGCCGGCAUUUGAAAGCAGAACUGGGUCGAUUACGGAUCUUUCUGCUAGAAGAAACUCCGUUAACAUAGGAGCAUUGUGUGAAGAUGUUCCAAAUGCUGCCGGACCACGCAUUCCAAGACCGGUUACAAUGAUUGGUUCGGUUCCUGCACCUCUGCCAAGACUAAACAUGUCGCAACUAACAGAUGCCCACUCAAACUAUCACUUCAAUUCUAACCAGUAUACCGCAUCCCAUACAUCGUUGGAACCCUUUUACACUACAACAUCUACUUUCGCUAAUCCCCCGAUUGCUUCAUACUUUCCCUCGAAUAGCACGCCAACAACAAGAAAAAACAGUACCACCAUGAAUUGCCUCUCCGAAGAAAAACGUCGGGUUUCCGUUUCUCUUUCGGAACAAGCUUUCAAUGAAGGAGAAAGGUAUAAUAAUGACGGGCAGUUGAUCGGCAAAACAGGUAAACUGCUAAGAAAUACAAAGAGAGCGGCUCAAAAUAGAAGUGCACAAAAGGCGUUUAGAAAACGCCGUGAAAAGUACAUCAAGGAUCUUGAAGAAAAAUCCAAUCUAUUUGACGAGUUGGUAAAGGAAAACAGGGAAUUGAAAAAUAUGAUCAAAUCUUUAAAAUCCAAGGUGAAAGAGUAA